GAAUACGAAGAUCGUCCCCAGUUAAAAACUGUUUAGCCGUAAACAGCAACGCUUCGCUGGUAAAACUUUUAGCGGUGGGGAAUCCCCAAUUACGUAGGCAAUUUGGAUUGUGUGUUUUGGUUCACGGUGUACAGGCCAUACCGUAGUUAAAGAUCUAAGAGGGUUAAGAUGGUGGCUAUUCAUUUUCGGUGAUUAAAACAAAAUGUCGCUUCGAACACGAAUCAACGGUUUCACUGCGUGGAUAAAUCUGCGGUUGGUUCCUUACGGUUCAGAACUCGCCAAUGUUUUGGUGGAUCUGACUAAAGGAAGUCAUGUUCAACAGCUAUUGCACAGCAUGACGGGCAAAACAAUGAAGAAACUUCAAUCGUUUGAAGGAUUGACGCAAAACCAGAAAGUUACUCGAAUGGAGUGGUUUGUGGAAGAGCUCAAGAAGUCCGAUGUUAUCUCUGAUGAUGUAAAGAUUGACUCCAGGAUGGUCUGCAUGAAGUCUGCUGAUCAUGUGUUUGAUUUAUUAUGGAGAUUGGUGGCUCAUGAUAUUUGGUUUACUUGGGAAAGGAUGGAAUUUCUUCAACAAGAUGAUGAUAAGUUGAUUAGUGAGAUUGCUUACAGGUGGACACCCGAUCCUCCCCCAAAGAAGAAGAAGCGCCGAGUAACGAGGACCUCGGACUCCAUGAUGUCGGGAUUCGGAUCUUCGUCACAGGUCGUGGAAGAUCCUUCGCCUGAUCCUGAUGCGGAAGCCUAUGAGAAGUUCCCUGGUUCUGAUAAAAUGAAAUCCACCAAACCCCAUCGUCCCCGUGGGGGUUGGUAUAGUUACCCUGGACCUGAUGAGUGCAUAUUGGAUAUGAUUAACUCGCAAUUACAGAGAGUAUCUGAAGGUCACAAAUUCAACGUUUACAGUUUAGAUGAUUUGGUUGACAGUCGUGCUUUGUGUGGGUUGGUUAAUUCAUUUAUGUCCGGAACAUUCACCACUGAAGUUAUGCUUAAUGACAGAUGGACAAUCAACUUAGCCAUGCGAACGAUAUCCAAGAUGCUUCACGCAUCCAACCCAAUGGGUUCAGAGGAUUUAUCGGAAGCAGAUCCCAAGUCAAUAUGUUCCUACAUGUGUUUCUUCUUUAUGUCUUCGUAUAAACUACGGCAAUCUAUGGCUGUACUUAGGAGACUGAAAGAGCUCACUUUGCUUGUCCAAGAAGUUGAUUCAGAAAUAUCAAAGUUUCCGCCCAAACUAGAUUCAAUGCAACACCUAAAGUUGAAGAAACAAUUGGAAACUAAUUUGGACGAAUUACAAAAAGAGCAAGAGACCCUUCAAGAAACUUACGACAUCGAAUACAUAAAUGAUUGGUUGGCUCAUAUAAAGGAAGUUCAAGUUGAAACAAGGAAAACAAUUGCGUUGAAAAUGAACGAAAGAUUUGAUCUAGUGUCUGUUCCAAGAACACUGACCAUCAAUGAGUUGUGUAUGUCGGUAGCCAUCAACCUACAACUAACACAAGGUGCAGGCUUCUAUAGAGGAUACGAACGAGAGACUUGCACACCUGAUAGAAGGAUCGUACUUAGAAGGAAAUCAGAUCAAAAGUUCCUGGAUGAUUUCACAGGUGUGGAAGGGAGUCGUAAUAUUCGUGACAUUCUGGGAAUAAAUAAAGAUGAAGUGGCGAUCGUCGAACCUGCGAUGUUUCCUAAAUAUGAGUUUUACUUUGAAAGCAAAUCUCGAAACAAAACUCUACGUACUGGAGCCACCUUCUUAUACCAAGUUUUUCCGGGAAACACAAACCAAUGGCAGAGAUUAUUCUUCAAGGCAGUCCGUGAUGGAGAUACUGAUGUUGUGAAAAAGAUGGUCAUCUUCUUCAAGGAUUCGCAUCCGGACUUUAUUUUGUCCAAGGAGAUAAAAUCAGGCAACACUGCAUUGCAUGCUGCGGCAAGAUUCGGACAUUUUGAGAUUGCGAAAUAUUUGUUGGAGAAUGGAUGCAACGUUAACGCACGUAACACAUCGGGGUGGACUCCUCUGUUUUAUGCAGGGGAGGGGUUGCAUAGAAGAGUUGCUCAGCUUCUUAUUGAAUGGGGGUGUAACGUGAAGAUACAAAACUUUCGUUGUCAAAAUGCGUUUGAUUUAAUUCGACAUGAAGAGAUGAAAGAAUCUUUGUCAGACAUCGGCCAACUUUGGGCAAUGGCCGUUCCUUCUGUAACGGUUGGUCGAUUAGAACUACUAAAGCGUAUCGUUAAAGACCACGUGCUUGGAAUCCGUGAAAUGGCUGACAUUGGUGCACGAUGUGUACGUGGGAGCACGCUGUUGCACACGGCUGUACAUUUCUGUCAAACUGAUGUCAUUAAGAACUUACUCAAGGCUCGCGUGGAUGUGAAUUUGAAAGAUUACCAAGGUGCUUCUCCACUACAUAGAGCUAAAGAUGUUGGAACUAUUGAGUUGUUGCUUGAUAGCAAUGCAGAUGUGAAUGCUACAGAUGAUGAAGGCAACACUGCCCUCCAUGUAAGGGCUUAUGGAGAAGAUGGAAAACCUUCAUGUAUCGAUGGAUUGAAUAUGCUGAUAUCCAGAGGAUCAAACAUAAUUCAUAGAAAUCUUCGAAAGUUGAUCCCAAUCCAUUGUGCGGCUAUGCAGGGUCGUAGUGAUGCCAUAAAAGAAAUGUUGGAUUCCAGUAAUGACCAAAUUAAAAGUGAGAUUGAGAAUGAAGAAGGAGAGGAACCACCAAGCUUGCCAUAUUUGGCAAUCACUGGCAACCAUAUGGAAUGUGCAAGAUGGUUAGUCGGACUCGGUUUCCUCUUCAAACCAGGGGAGGCCAACCAAGUGAUGCACAAGAUCCUCAUCCAGGAGUUGGAAGUUGAUAAUCGAUCCGCAGCAUCCGCGUUCCUCCUCGAAAACGGAGGAUCCGUCAACCUUCAAUAUGAAGGAAGAAAUACGUCCGUUCAUCUUGCAACCAAAAUGUCGGGGCCACCAGAUGUCCUUGGAGUGCUGUUGGAGUUCGGAGCUUCGUUCGAUUUACCCAAUGAUGAGGGGGAAAGCCCCUUGUUUGAUACUAUGCGACACAACAACUUUCAAGCUGCCAGCAUUCUUAUAGAGAAAGGAGCGGAUGUUAGAAAGAAAAACAUGCAUGGCAUCACUGCUUUGGAUUUGAUCCACGAUUUUGACGAAUGGAUUUCAUCGACUUUAUUCACUGAUGACAUCAUAGCAAGGUUCAAAGCUUACAAACUAAAGCACGCACGUGAUCUUAUUCGAGCGAUCACUAAGAAAUUAAACGAAGAAACGAAAAGGACAAGAAAUUUAAUGAAACAAAAUUUUUAUCAAGAACAGUUCCAGCAAACAAAAAGCUUACCUGUGACAUCACAAAGUAGGAAGAGCGUGGGUGGUUCCCCUGUUCCGAGAUUCACAACCAAAACCUUCCCUUCAAUACAAACACAUGCGACACAUGACAGUUGGCACCCUCAAGUACGAGAACGAAGGUUAGCCCUUCCUCCGUUAAGUCUUCCACAACCAACCAACCGGAACCAAACACCCCGCAUCACUGGAUGAGUCAGCAUUUUUAUUAUGAAUCAGCACUUUUUGAUCGCUAAAUAAGUCAGCCUUUUUAUCAUGAAUAGGCACUUCUUAAACACUGUGGUAUUUACAAAAACCCUUUUAUUUAUAGCAGGUUAUGACAUCACAAUUCACUGUGAUGUUUAAAUAGCUAUUGUAGUCUAACUAUCCUCACUGUGAUGAACACUGACUGAAAGAAUAUAAAACUUUAAAUAUUGUUUUUUUUAUAAUGGCUUCAUUACAGAAUGGCUUCAUUAGCA